CCGGAAUGCUGGUGGCGCCUUCGACAUCAUUCAUGGCCAUGGGGCGAGCAGCUUCGCCUCCUCAGUUCAAAGAAGUUCAGUCAGCAUGGUCUCCUGUCUCUUCUCCUUCCUCUUCUCCUUCCUCAGCACCCAGCAAGGCAGGGGAACUGGCCGUGGGCAUGUCGAAGGUUUCUCUGGACCUGUCUUCGUCGUCCAUCGCUAAGGGAGCAGAACCGACUAGCCCCGGAGUCUCAUCUUCUCCUUACGGCCCAGGAAUCGAUGAGGACGAGGGAUCAGACGUUAUUCCCUGGGACAAGGAGUGCAGGGCGGCAGCUUCAUGGUGGGCGGGCCAUCUUUCUGCCAAAGUGGACGAGAAACGACUUAGGAACUUCGAAGAUGCGGUCCAGCGAAGGGUUGCGCAACGAUGCUCAAAGUUUUGGUUCACCUCCGAGCCAGCAAGAGCCUCGGGAUUCCGCUCCGUCCUCAAUUCCCCCGAGAGAUGCGAUCCCCUUCUCGUAGAUGCCGCUAGGGCAGCGGGGAUCAACAAGAUCGAGACAUUGCUACCCUGCAGCGUGUUGUGGGUGGACCCUUCUUCAGUGCGCUACAAGAUGGAUAAUUCGUCAUACUCCAUUGCCGUACGUCUUCCUGUAGACUAGCACAGGGGAAAAAUGUCGAUUUUGUGUAUUUUACGCGCGCGCUAUCUCGUCAGAGAUGUGUUAUAGUGUAAUAACAAGUGUACGUAAUGAAAUCUCUCAUUCCUGAAGAGAGUGGAGAAGACAUCGACAUCGAGUCGAUGUUUGU